AGCGGAGGGGGAGGAGGCAGUCACGCGCAUGCGCGCGCUCCCGACGCGACGGCGACCUGUUUUGCUGAGAGACGCGAGAGGAGGAAAGUUUAGAAGCGACAGAAAGCAGCAGCAGGAUGGAUGUGACAUCACACUGCAGCGGCUCUGACAUCACUGAGAGCGGAGCCAAUAAGAUCCCAAUCCAAUCAGAAUGCAUCUCGAGCCAGCCGACAGCCAAUGGGAAGCUCCCACAUCACAACGCAGAGGAAGCUCCUCCGCCUCUCUCUGAUAGGGCAGAAGAUGGUGACAUCAGUGAUGACUCUUUAACCUACACCAAUGACAUCUCUCGCCUCCUGCCCACACAGCCGGCUUCCGCACUCCGAAAACAGAAAGGUGUGGACAGCUCAUCAGUGUCUCCUCCUCCCGUCUGUACUCCUCCAUCUUCCUCCGUCACCUCUCCUCCUCCUUCUCGGUCAUCCACCUGUAACAGAAAAAGCUGCAGCCUUCCUCAUCAUCAUCAUCAUCAUCGACACAGCACCAAUCAGAAGCGUCUCUCCUCCUCUAAAAGCCACGGCUCCAUCAAGACAGACGCCGCCCACAUUAAGGAGGUUGCUGGAGAUGACUGUUGUGUUCACUGUCUCCUGGCCUGUCUGUUCUGCGAGAUGCUGUCCAUGUGUUCGGCUCUGGGAGAGUGUCUGGCGUGCGGAGUGGGCGGGGCCGGGUGUUGCGACGCUGCCACUGGCUGUUGCUGCUGCGUGGAGGCGGCAGGGGAGGCGGCCUGCACAGAGGAGGCGUGUCAGGCCGUGUUGGAUUGUGGGAUAAUGGAGGAUUGUUGCGGCUCGUCGGACUGCUUGGAGAUCUGUCUGGAGUGCUGCUCCAUCUGCUUCCCCACAUAGAGCAGCCAAUCAGAAAGGGACUACAAGAUGAUGUCAGAGCAGGUUCCUCACACCUGUCUGUCUUCAUAACUCUGUUGUGUUUGGCCCGGAGACGUCGUGGACAAACAUCACGUUAUUCUCCAUUUUUGAAAGUUUAAAUCGUUUUUCUUUUAUUGGUUUUGUUUUUUCCGUCUUCUGGAUCGAAUGAACAAAUGAUGUAAGGUUCUGAGUUGAGAUCGCUGCUAACCAGACGAGUGAGAAGGAGAGUUCAAGUUCACCUGCAGCCAUCUGUAUCAAACAUCAGCCAGAGCAGAGAGACAUUAAACAUGUUGAUCUGUUCUGAUCAAGUGUCAGAUUAAUGGAUUAUUGAUGCAAUCAGGGACGGGCGAAAAUACAUCAAAAUGUAUUUUAAAAUAAGAGACCAAUUAAUCAAUUUUAUUGAUGUCAUCACGUAGACCCUAUCAAAUACAAAUGACAACAUCCUGUUUUGUACUGAAAGACGUGUUUUAAAUGUCUCAUGAAUACUGGCCGUCCCUGCAUGAGUUCAUCGCAUUAAUGUUGCAGCUGCUGAAGGCGGAGCUCGUUUAAUGACACUACGUAAUUAGUUGAUUAUAUUUUGUGUUCAUACUCAAGUUAUCUGAAUAAAUGCAGUGAAAAGUA